GAAAGCAUUCUCUAUUGCAAUCUGAAGCAAACGUGUAUAACAUAAUGAAAAUAUUGUAAACAGCUGAUUGUAAAAGUAAAGCGAACCCUAUGGUAAAUUUUCGAAGUAAAGCAAGGUGAAAUUGAAAAGUGUAGCGUAAGUAAACGAGUACAAAUGUCAGAAACUGAUGGUGGUAUAAAGAUCCGCGAGAAAAAAAAUGAGUUUAGUCACGAACAAUGCGUGUACAGUGUGCGGCGGGGUAGAGAAUUUGCUCCGGUGUUCACGUUGUAAAACGACAUUCUACUGUUCGAAGUUGCACCAAAAACACGACUGGAAAAAGCACAAAAUAAGUUGCCUCAAGACUGAACAAUCUGCGGUGAUUAAUUCGGAAAGGAAUUUUUUAAAUACGGUUAGUGAAUCGAACAAUCUUAUUAGUGCAAUAACGUACGAAGGAAGUUCCGAAAAUGAGAUACUAAGUGCCGAUACCGAAAGUUUAUCUUUAAAUUUAGAUUUAAAUUUUCACGAGGAAAAAUCCGCCACCGAAAAGGCAUUGCGUUGUGCAAAAUCGGCCAUGCCUAUCAGCGGAGAAAAUAUUGUGCACCCUCGUCGUUCAAGCGUACGAGAUUUCCCCGAGAUUUUAUUGCACUCCGAUUCACCACCGUUUCUUCACAAGAAUAACGAAGAUGUAGUGGAAGAAAUGUGCAGAAACGUUAUCAGAGACAUGGAUACGUACGGUGUUUGUGUUGUUGACAAUUUCUUAGGUGAAGAACGGGGUAAAGCUGUUCUUGGUGAAGUUAUAGAUAUGCAUACAAAAGGGGUUUUUAGAGACGGUCAGCUGGUGUCAAGCACGGGACGACACGGUGAUUUAAAAACAAUUCGCGGAGAUCAAAUCGCUUGGAUCGACGGAAAAGAAAAAUCGUGUAAAAAUAUAGGACACCUCAUUUCGCAAGUCGAUUUAGUUAUUAUGCGAGCCAAUAAAAUGCUAAACAACGGUAAAAUUGGCCAAUAUAACAUUAAUGGACGAACUAAGGCAAUGGUAGCGUGUUAUCCCGGUUCAGGUUCCCAUUAUGUAAAACACGUCGACAACCCAAACCGAGACGGCCGAUGUAUUACGUCGAUAUACUACCUCAACUUGCAAUGGGAUGUCAAGCGCAGCGGUGGGCUACUACGAAUAUUCCCCGAAGGUUCAAGAGGCGACAAGGUGGCCGAUAUAGAACCAAUAUUCGACAGACUUCUGUUCUUUUGGUCCGAUCGGCGUAAUCCUCACGAAGUACAACCCGCCUACCAUACAAGAUACGCAAUUACACUAUGGUUUUUCGAUGCACUUGAACGAGAAGAGGCGUGUCGACGAUAUGAAAAAGAAAGGAAACUUCAGCUCUCGUCAAAAUGAAAUUUAUUCGAAUUAGGCAAAUUUUUCAUCGGUGCAGACACAUCUUGUGAUAUUUAUAAGUUUGUUAGUCACUGAUACAACCACAGUUAUACCUUUUUUUUGUAAAUAUAUAUAUAUUAUUGUACAUUUACUGUUACUAAUUCUUAUUAGCUUAAGAUUGUGUGAUAUUUGUUAUACGAAGCAUUGUUAAUGUUCGUUUUCUAAACUGAUGAUAAUUGAAAAAUAAAAUGACGAACAUUA